CUUUUACUUUUGCAGAUCAAUUCCAUCUGGCGGUGCUGCCUGGGUCACAUUACGUGCGAAGACACCGAUAAUCAUCUUCCCCUCGUCACUAUGUCCCGAAAAACGGAGAAAUUCACCCAAAGUAUUGGUCUCAAUACUGUUCCUGGAGAUAUCCAUCAUCUUAUCCUCUCGGAGCUUAAGGACUCGCCAUCUUCCGCACUUCGAAACGUCUCGCAAUCUUCCAAAACUCUACAAGAUGCUGGAUUCUCGUUCAUGUACCGGAAUUUGAUACUUUGCAAGCCACUCAAGGGUGGCAAAGAAUUGUUAGCAUAUGAAAGUCUUCUCGACAGGUUUCGCGGUGCUACAGCAGGGGAUAUCGCAAGACAUGUUCGCAGUAUCACUGUGAAAAACCAUAUACCCCAAGAAGAUUUGAUCUUGAUUGUUGAGAAGAUCGCAGAAUUUGGUACACUUCGCGAAGUCAACUGGAAUACCUGUGCUCAUAUUCCAGAAGAAGUCUUGAUUAAGCUUGUGUCUGCUUGGCCCGACUUGGAGAUCUCCGCUACUGUUAUCGAUCGGCACGAGACCCAGGUCGAGGCGCAUCGCUCAAUGGAUUUUAAGCUGCUGUCGUCUCCACUUCUUACUCGGUUGACGUACAUCGUGUAUGAUCACGGCUCCUCAGAGGGAGAUCCGUCACGUUCAGAGUGGCCUCAAUUGUCCCAGGCUUUGGCUGGAACGAGUAAUCUCCGGUACCUUUCCAUCCAGAGCGAACCAGAUCAAAGGGGACGCUUCGGCAAGAUUGUGGAAGACACGGUGCAGGAAUCGAUACCGCGCCUAGACCUUUCUUUUGGCGCGAACUUCUCCAGACUCGAAUAUCUCAGCAUCCGCACCCUCGGAUAUACAUCCUAUGCGUGGGAUGAGGAAUAUUGUCGUACCCUGCGUGACACUACGCAUCUAUCCCGCUUGCGAUCGCUCGACUUCGGGCUCGAAGACCCAGGAGCUUUCUUCACAAUCUUCUCAGGACAUCUUCCAAAACUCGAAAGCCUGCGAUUCGGGGUAACAAGAGCCUCCUCCUUAGAACUGGCUAGAGACUUCAUGGAUUCACUGAACCCAUUGACAAGCCUUCACAUUGAUAAUGCUAAGAGAGGACUCGACGUGCUUUGGCCCGUCAUCUACAAGCAUAGAGAGACGCUCAGGACUUUGGUUCUUGGACCUAGCUGGGGUCCAUACUGUUCUGCCGAGUAUACCGACGACUCCUUGCUGGAAACGGUCCCUGUCACGUUUCCGAAGCUUGAGCGACUUGGGUGGUCAAUACCCUUCAAUGCCAUCAAUGAUGAAGGCACCCUUCCUGUUCUGUCGAAGAUGAACCUCCGGAAGCUAGAUCUGUACAUGGACCUUCCUAGCCAAGCCUCUGAAUACAGCGAAGCGCUCCAAGGAGAUGCUAUGAGCGGUUCGAACAACCCUCCACUAAAAAGGUCUCAGUCGAUAGCUGCGGCAACUCGGAUUGCGGAUAAAAUAUCGCAAAAGCAGAAAGACCCACUCGAGUGGCUAACAGUUCAUAUUUCACGGUCGUUUUAUAUGGAUAGAUUUCAACCGUACAAUGGGUACACAGCAUUUCAACUACGGCGACAAGAGCGACCGAGUGCUAAGGAGGAGAAGUACUGCGUCCGUGGAAAUAUGAAUUGGCGAUGGAACAAGUCCCCAUUCCUUAGCGAAGAGCUUCUUUUUGAGGAAGUGAACUAGACUCACUUUUCUUUAUAUGCGUAUCCCAAUUUACAAGGAUGAAGUGCAUAGACUGUCUCACUCGGGAAUAGGGAGUAUGGACGUUACCCAUGCGUAUUCUAUCGCUCGUUGUUACGUAAUUAGCGGACAGGAAAUAUACGAUUUCUUAUCACGCCUAGCAUUCCGAUCAAC